AGUCUAGGGCCAGCAGCCUCUAUUCCCCUUCCUCCAUCCCCUCUGCCCCAUGGCUACCAUCUGCCAUGGAUGAGGGUCACCGGUGCUGGGGCAGGGCCUACCCCCCAAGCCUUGAUCCCUACCCAUCACAAAAGAGGACGCUCUUCCUCCUCGAGAGGCUGGCCUGGCUGCCACUUUGGACCCCAAUAAGGUGCUGAGUGCUCAUUCUUGGUUGGGUGCUGGUGCCAAGAGUGGGCAAACCCGUGCCCCCUGCUGUGAAAGUGCAGCUUCUUAACCACUGGACCACCAGGGAAGUCCCGAAGUCUGGAUCUGUGAUAAAAGGCUGCCUGCCAUUUACUGAGCCCUCAGCACAUGCCAGGCUGGGCUGGUUGUGUCACAUGUCUGACCAGAUAAGCUUUAUUAUUAUCCCCAUUUUACAGAUGAGGAAACAGAGGAGCUGAGUGGGAAAGAUGAAGCUGAUCCAGAUUUGCACCCAGAGCCCCUCACUGCCUCUCCUGACUAGGGUGACGGACUCUGCCAGUGAGGACCCAGGCAGGCACUGUGGCACAACUGAUGACCAGUGAGGGUGCAAGUUCUUCAGCCUGACGGAGACCCCCGAGGAUUACACGCUCAUGGUGGACGAGGAGGGCUUCAAAGAACUGCCCCCAUCUGAGUUCCUGCAAGUGGCUGAGGCCACGUGGCUGGUGCUGAACGUGUCAUCCCACAGCGGCGCAGCUGUGCAGGCUGCCGGGGUCACCAAGAUCGCUCGCUCAGUAAUCACACCGCUGGCCGAGCACCAUGUGUCCGUGCUGAUGCUGUCCACCUACCAGACAGACUUCAUCCUGGUGCGAGAGCAGGACCUGUCCGUGGUGAUCCACACACUGGCCCAGGAGUUUGACAUUUACCGAGAGGUGGGCGGGGAGCCUGUGCCUGUUGCCAGGGAUGAUUCCAGCAAUGGCUUUCCCCGUGCCCAGCAUGGACCCAGCCCCACAGUGCAUCCCAUCCAGAGCCCACAGAACCGUUUCUGUGUCCUCACGCUGGACCCUGAGACGCUGCCAGCCAUUGCCACCACCCUCAUCGAUGUCCUCUUCUACUCACACAGUCCCCCUAAGGAGACAGCCUCCAGUGGUCCUGGAUCCAGCUCCAUCACCUUCUUUGCUUUCUCCCUCAUCGAGGGCUACAUCUCCAUUGUCAUGGAUGCUGAGACACAGAAAAAGUUCCCCAGUGACCUGCUGCUGACCAGCUCCUCGGGGGAGCUGUGGAGGAUGGUGCGCAUUGGCGGACAGCCCCUGGGCUUCGAUGAGUGUGGGAUCGUGGCCCAGAUCGCAGGUCCUCUGGCUGCAGCCGACAUCUCUGCCUACUACAUCAGUACCUUCAACUUCGACCAUGCCCUGGUGCCCGAGGACGGCAUCGACAGUGUCAUCGAGGUCCUCCAGCGCCGGCAGGAGAGCCUGGGGUCCUGAGGCCCUGAGGGGAACAGCAGCCUCCAGGCUCUCCCCUUGCCCUCAGGCUUCCAGAGACGUCUCAAAGCUAUUUCCUCAAGCUCUGGGACCUUACUGCCCGGGGACCCCUCCUUCCACUCUGUGUAUGUAAGCUGCAUGCAGACACUGGCUCUCAUGUGGAACGUGUGUCUGCCCAACGCAGGGGAACACUGUGCUCGGGAAACCCAUCACUCCCUGCGGGGCCUCGGCACUUGCACAUUCCCUGCCUGAGGCCUGAGCCUUCCGCCUCUCGGCGCCCUGGGCUGGGCUGGCAGCUCCCUGGACAGGGCCUGAUCUCCGUUCUGCCUCUGGCUGGGUUGCCUUCCCUGGCCAAGUGAAUUCUGACAGUGCCUGCCCUUCCUGGGGCCUCCAAGAAAAGUGCUUUUUACAUCUCUCUCUCUGUCUCUCUCUCUUUCUCUCUCUCUCUCCUUUUUUAGUCAACUUGUUAAUAAAGAGCUUGUAGUGAGCA